AUGAAUCAAAAAGCGCACAACCCGGGAUCUCCAGGCCCCGAAGAAAAAGACCUAGACGCCGAGAUCCACACCAUUCGCGCAGAGAUCUCAACCCUCGCCCACCGCAAAAGAAUCCUAACAACAAGCCUCCUCACCACCCCAACAAUAAAAUCCCUCCUCCGCAACGCCAACACCAACACCAAUGCCAAAACCCCCACCACCCUAAAAGAAGACCUCUCCCCACUAGCAACAGCAGCCGGCGCCCACUCAUCCACCAAUCACCACCGCAUCGCCUUCGGCGCAACGGCCUUCCCGUUCAAAGAUCCCGCGCCGAAUAGCCCCGCGCCGAAUCUGUUGGGUGUACGGAUAGAUAUUUGUGCGCGCGGCCGGUUCGUGAAACCUUACUAUGUACUCUUGAGACAAGAGGGGAAGGGCAAACAGAAAGAGAUGAAGAUGUGUGUUCAUCGGCAUACGAUUCCAGCGUUUAUUGCUGUUGAUAGAUUGGCGGGGGUUUAUUUGGCUUCGUCUUCGCGGCGGAGGGUGGAGGAUGAGGAGGGGGAGGAGGAGGGUGAGGGUGGUGUUUUGAAGAGUUCGCGCGGUGCGAGAAGGCAGGAUUUGCGUGGGCGGGUGGGGUUUUUGAGGGAGAAGUUGGGGCUGGAUCGUGAUGUUGAUGCUGGGAAUGAGGAGGGGGAGGAGGGGAGGAGAAGCAGUGGGGUGAGGGGGGGUGCUUCUCGGAAUGAUUUGGGGAUUGUUGGGUUGGAGGCUACGGCUGUCGAGGCGCGGUAUGUGCGGAUGGAGUGGGAGGAUGGUCGACUUGGACGGUUCAAGUUGUCUAAUGCUGGGCUUGUGGAGCGGGCUGUUUUUAUGAAUGAUCGUGGUCGGGAUAAGGUGGUUGAGGAUGCUGUUACUGGUGGUGGGGGGAGGAUUGAGUCGCUUUUUGAGCGGUUGAAGGAGCUUGAGGCUUUGGAGGCGCGUUCAUGA